AUGUCCAGCAACUUUGCUGAUGAUAAUAGCGACUAUAGCACCCACACAGCUGUGGCGAGGGACGAGGAGGCUCCUCUGCUCCAGAAAAAUGCGAAGAAACCUCGCACUCCACUGCCAACUUUCCAACUCACCCUUUUAUUGUCCAUCCAACUCGCAGAACCUAUUACCGCUCAGUGCAUAUUCCCUUUCAUCAACCAGCUUGUCAGUGAACUAGACAUCACCGGUGGUGACGAGCGCAAGGUUGGAUAUUAUGCCGGUCUCAUAGAAUCGUUGUUCUACGUGACACAAGCUUUAACUGUGUUGCAGUGGAACCGUCUAUCAGAUCAAAUAGGUCGUAAGCCCGUCUUACUGAUCGGUCUCGUUGGUCUCUGUGGUUCCAUGGUCGGAUUCGGCCUUUCCAGAACAUUCUGGGCUCUCGUAAUUAGUCGAUGCUUCAAUGGGAUGCUCAACGGAAAUAUCGGAAUCAUGAAGACCAUGGUGGGUGAGUUAACCGACUCGACCAACAUGGCGCAAGGGUUUGCCAUGAUUCCAAUAGUGUGGUCCGCAGGAGCAGCACUCGGUCCUUUCAUGGGAGGUACACUUGCUCGUCCUCAUGACCGCUUCCCUAGCUGGUUCUCUGGUUCCUUCUGGAUAAAUUACCCAUAUUUUCUCCCUUGUGCUACUGCAGCAGCCUUCACUGCCUUCUGCUUCAUCAUAGUGGCCUUGUUUUUAAAGGAGACUUUACCAACAAAACAAAAGUCGAAAUACAUGCAUAAGAAUUACGCAGCUCUAGAAAGUAACUUCUCGCAACAAGAAACCCACAAUGGCGUCGUACAACCUUCUGUCAACCAGCAAACUCUUCCCUCUCUUUCCUCUCUGUUCAUACCAUCAGUUCUCAUUCCAGUUGCCAACUAUGGCGCUCUCGCAUUUGUAGAAAUAGCCAUGUUCGCUCUCCAGCCACUCUUUUAUUCUACCCCCAUCAAAUACGGCGGGCUCGGCUUCGAACCUUCUACCAUUGGUAUGUGGAUGGGCCUGUUCGGUCUCGUCGAUGGGCUGUUCCAGAUCAUGUUCGUGGCCAUGAUCAUUGAACGUUGGGGCCCCAAGCGCAUAUACAUGGUCGCAGUCAGCUGCUUCCUACCCAUCUACACCAUAUUCCCCAUUAUCAGUUGGGCGGUCAAAAUUUGGGGAGUUUCCCCAGUCGUUUGGUUCUUGCUGUCGUGUCAACUUUGCCUUAUGGUUGUGCUCGACAUGGCAUUCGCGUGUAUCUUCAUGUUUAUAACAGCCUCAUCACCUACGAAGCUCUCUCUCGGUGCCGUCAAUGGUCUCAGUCAAACCACAGCAUCCAUCUCGCGUGCCGUUGCGCCCGCCGUGGCAACAUCCCUCUUUGCAGUUUCAAUUCAGUAUGAUAUCUUUGGUGGUAACGCUGUCUGGGCUGUCUUGCUGUCUUUAUCUUUAGGUGCCAUGUACCUUGGAUCUCGUCUCCCAGAAGAGCUGCAAGACCGAGAUUGA